UAACACCUGACGCCUGCGCAGUAAGUUGCGUGGGUGGAUCGUUUCGGCCGAGUUAGUAACGGCGCUGCGCAGUCUGCGGGCGUUACUGUGCCACGCGCCGCCGGGUGGUUAUAUCGAGGCUCAGUUAGCUCUCAGGCCGGCAGCGCAGGUUUGCCUUGGUUCGCCGGACCCAAGGUCUGUGAGCGGCCACGAUGUCGAUCUUCACCCCCACCAACCAGAUCCGCCUGACCAAUGUGGCCGUAGUACGAAUGAAGCGAGCCGGGAAGCGCUUCGAAAUCGCCUGCUACAAAAACAAAGUCGUGGGCUGGCGGAGCGGCGUGGAAAAAGACCUUGAUGAAGUUCUGCAGACCCACUCAGUGUUUGUAAAUGUCUCUAAAGGUCAGGUUGCAAAGAAGGAAGAUCUCAUCAGUGCGUUUGGAACAGAUGACCAGACUGAAAUCUGUAAGCAGAUUUUAACUAAAGGAGAGGUUCAAGUGUCAGAUAAAGAACGGCACACACAGCUGGAGCAGAUGUUUAGGGACAUUGCAACUAUUGUGGCCGACAAAUGUGUGAACCCUGAAACAAAGAGACCGUACACCGUUAUCCUUAUCGAGAGAGCCAUGAAGGACAUCCACUAUUCGGUCAAACCCAACAAGAGUACAAAACAGCAGGCUUUGGAAGUGAUAAAGCAGUUAAAGGAGAAAAUGAAGAUAGAACGUGCUCACAUGAGACUUCGGUUCAUUCUUCCAGUGAAUGAAGGGAAGAAGCUGAAAGAAAAACUCAAGCCACUCAUCAAGGUUAUAGAAAGUGAAGACUAUGGUCAACAGUUAGAUAUUGUGUGUCUCAUCGACCCCGGCUGCUUCCGAGAAAUCGAUGAGCUCGUAAAAAAGGAGACAAAAGGCAAAGGCUCUUUGGAAGUACUCAGUUUGAAAGACGUGGAAGAAGGAGAUGAGAAAUUGGAGUGACAGUCAUCAGUCUCUUCAGCUGUCAAACACUAAAGCGUUUGCGUUUCCCACAGCCCUGUUUUCUUUCUGUGAUCUGCCAAAUACUUGCUCAGAUGAGUUGACACUUUCCAUCUUUGUGGCAAACAUGUACACAAAAAGACUUUCCUACGUAAGUAUUAUAAUGUGGGAUUCAUUUAGUUUUAAUUAUCAAAUAGGGUUUUAGGCAAAAGUGAAAUACAGAGUCCAGAGUAGCAUUUUGUUACUGCCUCAUGCCUUUGAGCUUUCCAGGGUGAAAGUUAUUUGACACAACUCUUGUGGAUAAAAAAUAAGUUUUGUACAUUAUAAGAAAACAACUUUGGGAGGAUAUAUCUGUAUGACAGAAAGGGAGGAUUUGCCAAAAAAGAAAAUGUGUAAUGUCUUAUUUCUACUUAAUGAAAUGUGUGUAUAGGGGUAACUGUCUCGUGACCUAAUACAAAGCUUGGAUGAUGACUUCUUGAUUUUCUGAAAAAUAGAUAGAUGAUGACUGUGCAGGACUUCAAUAAUGUUCAUCAAACAUGCUGCCAUAGCCUAGAUUAUUCUUGGUAAAAAAUACAGCCAUUUAUUCUAAUUCUUAAAGUUUAUAAUAUAUAUUACUAGAGUUGAAAAUAUACGUAAUCAAUAAAACCACUGUUUAUUUUUGUUAAACUAUGGCUUGUAUUUCUAGACAGCUUCCUACCUUUUUCUUUUCUCUGCCUCUUGUCUGGUAGGAUGGGAGAGUUCUUAGCAGGAUUAAACAAGUCAGGAGGAGGAGUGCUCAGAACAGGGCCUGUUCUGUUAAAUACCUGAUAAACCUUAGAGAUAUUAUUUGGGAUGUAAUUGAACUUGAGUGUUUUAGUAUUUGAACACUUAAAUAGACAAUGUGCAAGUUUUUUUAAAUCUACUUAUCCUCAAAAGAGAUAGUCUAGAAUACAAAGUAGGGUUUUCCUCAAAAUAAACAUACAGAUGUAUUUUUAUUUUUUAUUAUUAUUAUUUUUUUUUGUGAUACGUGGGCCUCCCACUGCUGCGGCCUCUCCCGUUGCAGAGCACAGGCUCCGGACGCGCAGGCUCAGCGGCCAUGGCUCAUGGGCCCAGCCGCUCCGCGGCACGUGGGAUCCUCCCGGACCGGGGCACGAACCCGUGUCCCCUGCAUCGGCAGGCGAACUCUCAACCACCGCGCCACCAGGGAAGGCCCCAUACAGAUGUAUUUUAUGCACAGAAGUUUUUAAGUGAAAAAGAGUUCUUGACUUGAACAGUUUCUGAUUGGUUGAUUGAAGUCAAACAUUUUUCUCAUAGUGUUGGAAGAAAUAUUCUUAAGACACACUUUCUUUAACGGUGAAAUUAAACUACUGUUCAGAUACAGUCUUCAAGAUGACCCCCUCACUGAUUCCAUUUUACUUACAUAGUUUGUUGUUUUACAAAAAUGAUCUAAACUUGAAGUCCCAGGAAAUUAUUUUAACCAAUGAAGUUUACACUUUAUUUCUAGCUUAAACAGUUAAAGCAACGUUUCAGGUCGAAAGUCAUAAUUACUAAAAAUGUUCAAGAGCUGCAUCUUGAAUAGAAAAAAGAUAAAUGUUACCAUAACAUUGCCUUAAGUUUUUUCCCAUUCUCAUACUCAUUUCUUCUAAAAAGCUGGAACUUCAAGAAUUGUCAAAUGUAAAUCAGAGUCAUGUUUCUGAACCUAUAAAAAAUAAAAAAUUUUCUACCUUA